GUCAUACAAAGCUCGAGAGAGAGAGAGAGAGAGAGAGAGAGAGAGAGAGAGAGAGAUGGGAGGGGUGACGUCAAGCAUGGCAGCAAAAUUCGCGUUCUUCCCUCCCAACCCACCUUCUUACAAGUUGGUAAUGGACGAGGUUGCAGGGCUUUUCACUCUCAGCUGCUUCCCCCACCGAGAGAACGUCGACGUCCUCAAGCUGCCGACGCGCCGCGGGACUGAGAUCGUAGCUGUCUACGUCCGCAACCCCAUGGCCACUUCCACCCUCCUCUAUUCCCACGGCAACGCUGCCGAUCUCGGUCAGAUGUAUGAGCUCUUCGUCGAAUUGAGCAUCCACCUUAAAGUCAAUCUCAUGGGGUACGAUUAUUCUGGCUAUGGGCAAUCAUCAGGAAAGCCAAGCGAACAUAACACUUACGCAGAUAUCGAGGCUGCUUAUAAGUGCCUUGAAGAGAACUAUGGUGCCAAGGAAGAAGAGAUUAUUGUUUAUGGUCAAUCUGUUGGUAGUGGCCCAACUUUGGAUCUGGCGACUCGCUUACCUCAAUUAAGAGCUGUUGUUCUGCAUAGUCCAAUUCUUUCAGGCUUACGAGUCAUGUAUCCUGUGAAACGGACGUACUGGUUUGACAUCUAUAAGAACAUUGACAAAAUCCCAUUGGUUAAUUGUCCUGUACUGGUAAUUCAUGGAACCUCUGAUGAAGUUGUGGACUGCUCUCAUGGAAAGCAGCUUUGGGAGCUGUGCAAAGAGAAGUACGAACCACUGUGGCUCAAAGGAGGAAACCACUGUGACUUGGAGCUUUACCCGGAGUACAUUAGACACCUCAAGAAGUUCAUAUCAACAGUCGAAAAAUCGCCUUCUCAAAGGCACAGUUCGAGGAGAAGCACAGACCAGUUCGAGCCUUCCAGGCGGAGCACCGACUGCUUCGAGGCAUCAAGGCGGAGCACCGACCGGAGAGAGAAACCAAGGGCUAGCACAGACAGGCCCGGAAAGCUGAAAAGUAAUGACUUCAGGCUGACGAACGCUGACAGGCUAGAAAAACUAAGACUCUCUUUGGACCACACAGAGAAGUCCCGGAAAAGCAUGGAUUGCCACAAGAAGAGUAGGAAGAACAUGGACCAGCUGGAGAGAGGACGGAAGAGCGUCGAUCGGUUGGAUAGAAUACAGGCAGGGUAGAUCUUCUCAUAAAACUCAAUUGUACAAAUCAAUCCAUGGGUGUGGGUGUGGGGAAAUUUAUUUACAUGUAGUAUGUUAGGGAAGUCUCAUAACUGUGUUAUGAAAUGAAGAUGUUUUUAAUGAUAGGAUGUAUUAUUAUGGUAUUUUACUUGGUUGCUUGCUUGAUGGGAACCAUUGUGAGAAAAUGACUCAUUUUGGUAAUAAUUCAUCACAAUUCUUAUUCUCAA